UCGGGCAGUCACGUAGAUAAUUUACUAUGCUAGAAUUUUGCCAUAUUUCACGGUGCAGACUGGUCCGAGAGAGCCAACGAGAAUUGAGUAGUAGUACUAGAAGAUGCAAUCGUAGUAUUUCAUGGCGAAAUAAUGGAAUUGGCAUGUUAAAUGAAAAAUUGUGAAGGACUAAGGCUUCAUUAAAAAAGUGAAAAAAAUAAAGUCCCUGAAGAUAUUAUAUUAUUGAUUUCAAUGAGUAAUAUCCAUGGAACGCAGUAUGGAAGCCCAGAUGGAUCAAGUAUCAUCCCUUUGUGGAAAAAAAUCAUUGCGCAAAUGUCGGCGGAGGUUCGAGAGAAAUCUUCCAACACCUCCUCCAGAUCCUAUUUCCAGAUUAGCCUGUUCAGAUGAUUCCCUCUCGACAGUAGCAGUUGGCAAUGUGAAUGAUGCCUUCAAUCAUAUAUCCAAACUCUACAUUGUUGUAGAGCAAAUGGUGGAAAUACGAAAGAGGAGUUGCAAAUUAUUCAACCGAGUGCGCCAACUGGAGCGAGUGAUAGCUUUGAAAAAGGCUAAUAGCGAAUUAGAAAAGGCUUUGUCGAGCGGUGAAGAUGUACCAAUGAGUGAGGAAGAUGUUGGAUUUGCUGAAUCGCUGCUAGGUGCAAUGUUAGCUAGCAAUUUUGAGGUAUCAAGGCGGACCAGCAGAGCAUCAACUUCAGCGAGAAGAAACAGAGAGCAGAGGAGAGUAUCUUGUCCGAUCGCUUCAUCGCAACCUGGCACGCCAACGACAAGUUCGUUAAAACCCACCACGAAAAAUUCUCUGGCUACAGUGAGCGUCAAUUACAAAAAAAGACCAUCAUUGGUGAUGGGACUACCCAAAGUGUCCAAGUGGACACGAGUAAAGGCUGCUUUUAAGUGGGAGCGCGCAUCGUGUAACACAGCGGAAGUUCUCUUUGCUGAAACAGACAAUCCUACCAAAUUACUCAUUAUACCUGAAAAUAAUGCUGGCUCCAGUGAAGUAUCUGGACCUCCCACGCCCGCCGGCACCAUAUCCUCGUCGUCAUCCAUCGAUGAUGUCUUUCAUAGAUCCCGGAAUGGCAGUGGUCAAAGAAGUAGAAGAGAGAGGCCUGAGAGAGAAGGGGGGAGGGAAUUUGAUAAUUCAAAUCCAUCAAGAAGGAGCGGCUCAUUUCAUGGAGAAACACUAGUUGGAAUGAAAUUGACUUAUGCCCAGCGAGGCAAGCAGGAUCCUUUGAGUGCAGGGAAAAACGAAUGCCGGAUGAGCAAAACACCGUGGGGAAAAAUGAAGGACAUAAUGGCACUUCGCCGCGAUAGUUUGGGAAGACAAACAAGUCAAAAUUCACGAAAUGAAGAUAACCGUUCAACAUCAAGUUUAGACUCAGCUGAUAUACAAAGAAUCGAGGAUGGAAGAGUUCCUCGUCUUCGAAUCACCUCAGAGCCGUCAGGAACGUCAGUGCACGUUAUGAGUAAUGCUCUCAAAUCAAAUGUUAAACAUAAAGAAUUGAAGGACCUCGCUUCUAGAAGGCUUACCCCUACAUUAACCAUCACUGUGCCAUCAAGUGAAGAAUUACGAAGCAUAUCUUCACCAGAGUCCAUUACACCCCCACUUUCUGUUCGAGCUGACAAGUUUUCUCCAGGUUGUGACAUCCCAACUAAAAAAAAUGAACAGAUUUCUCCAGGUUCAUCAAGCUCUGGUAUCCUUAGGUAUGGAUUAGGGAAAUCAAAAACAUCUCAGGCCAUUUCCGCCGACUUUAAACGGCAACAAUCCUCAAAAGGAGAUUCUCUGAGUUCUUCGCCGAAAAUCCAGAGGAGGAACUCCAAGUGGAGCAAAGUAAAGAGAGCUUUCUUAACCAGUGCCACAUCGGUUCCAACUAGCCCUAGCAGAGUAUCAUCAUAUUUUUUUGACGAUGGUGAGGCAACAGCGGCAAGUUACAGUGCCAGUGCAAGUGCUGAGGAUUUGGAUAAUGACAAUGCAUUUUCUAACCCAGUAGUCCAAGCAGAGAUUCAGAGAAAUUAUCGUCUUCUUAAUGAUAAAUUAGGUACAGAGUUCUAUCGAAAAUUGGGAGAAUGGGAGAAAGUUAAGUCAGUUUCUCCGAAUAGAAAUUGUAGACAGAAUGACACAUUGCGUUUAGCCCGUGUAAAAGAUAUGGACAAUGUGCGGCUGCUUACCGAAGAGAAAUUGACUCCUGAAUUUAAAAAAAAGUUGGAGGAGUGGAAGAGAAUGAAUAAAAGUGGAAUUCCUCCUGAGCAACGUAUUCUUAGUAAACGGAGAUUGACGGAUUGGCAGCUUUGGAAAUCUCCAUCGAAGACGGUAUCUAAGCCAGAAUCUCCCGGUAAACUUUCAGAUGAUUUUGUAAAGAAGAUGGAGGGGUGGACAAAAAUGAAAGCUGCCGGUAGAAAAAGUGGCUUGGAGCACGAAGUCAAGGGAGUGGAGACUGAAGCGGAAGAGGAAGCAGAGGAAGAAGCGGUUGACGGGGGGGAGAGUAAGGAGGACGCUCAUAUAAAUGAAUUAAUUGAUCGGACGAAAUUCUCCGAGAGGUUUAAAUCGUGGAAGGGCUUGGAGGAUGAUGAAUUCAAAUCCCUUGGAGAAGUUAUCAGCAUUAUGGAGAGAGAUCAGCAAAAUCGUUUAUCCAAGUUACAUCGAGUAGUUGGCUCGCCACCAGAGAAAACUCAAGAAGUUCUAAUUCACACGUCAACCGGUUUAUAUAGAUUCGAAGGUAUAUCUCGGCAAUUUACAAAAAAAUUGUACGAGUGGGAAAAGAGCCAGGGGAUUGCCCCAGAAUGUUCGACAUUCAGGCUUCUUGAUCCUCUACGAUAUGGUAUAUGUUCAAGACCUAGGUUGAUAUCCACAAGCAUUGCCAGUGAGGGAAAACCAUUGACAGGUUUAAAGCGAUCAAAAUCAGUGGGUAGUGUUCACAUGGAGGGCUUUUGCACUCGAGAAGAGAGAUCUAUCCUCACCAGACUAUCCUCCAGUCUAUCCUUGAAUGAUAUUGGCAGGUUGGACACGAGAAGCUGCAUCAUAGGCUCUGUACCCACAAUUCCCGAUGAUGAGGACACCUCAGAAGAUAUAGUCAUUGAAGACUCUGAGCAGGAUCCUGAAGCCGAAGUCGAACCAGAAGCCAUGAUCGUCGAUAUCGAAGAUGUGGUUGAGGAAACAGCAAGUCCAAUGGCCAAGUAUCAACCCCAUCAAACUCCUGUGUAUAGCGUAGCUGGAAGUGAAACAACAAGCAUAGCAAUCCCCUUGGGGACAGUGACAUCGAGCCAUCAGUCCUCGCCGGCCAUUCUUAUCCAACCUCAUGAAAUACACCCUAUUAGUGUUACCCAGGCAUGCAUCAUUGAUCAACAUAUCCAUGAGAAUGAUCAUGAUGAACUAAUUAGAAUAUCGCAAGGGACUCGUAAUGUCGCAGCUAGAGCAACUAUUAAACAAGAUUGUGAGGAGGUGAAUGAGAUUGUCGACGGAUGGUUCAAUGAAUUGCACUCGAGCGAUUCUCUCACAUCUAUCAAUGGCUGCCAGAUGGCAGCACACAGUAAGGAAAGCUCCAUGGAGACAGGCACGGUACUGCCGCGGAAUUAUAAUUAUAAUAAAACCGAGGAAGAUGGGGAUGCCGUAACGGAAGUGGUAAUUACUGUAGCCAGUAACUCAAGACACUCGAGAAAGUACCUGAAGACCAGGCGCCUAACCGAUACUCAGGUUGGAUACGGGCUACAUCAUAUUAUCUCGUCCGAUGAACCUGAGUUAACUAACACACAAUCAACAACACAACGAAUUAAUGAUUUUCUUCAAGGAUCUGAUCGUGAAAAAAUUAUUAUCAAUGAAAAUACAUUAAAUAAAAUAGUUGUACCAACGAGCUCUGGUACAAUUUCAAUGGGAGAUGAAGUAUCGGUAAAGUUGAAAUUAAAAAAGGAGCAAAACAGUCCACCGGAGCAAAGUGGUACGAAAGAUAAGAGAAAUCCGGCGAGUAUGUUUGUGAAAACCAAGAGAAUAGUCUUUUCACCAUUUAGAAGAGAUAGUAGACCAACAGCAUCAAAAUCCUCAUCGCCAUCAGCAACACCUGAAUCCUUCUCAUUUCCACUAGAUAUUGCUAUUCCAGUUGCACUGGAAUCUCUUGCACUCACUUCACAGACUAAAAAAAUAGAUGUCCCCCAAUCGCCAAUUCCCCCUAGGAAAGAAUAUAGCCUGAGCCAAGCUUCAACUAAGGAGACAGCACCCAGUAUCAGAAUGAUGAUAAAAAAGUAUAAUGCAAAAGUAGAAGCAUCGGGAGGUAUGGGAUCAGCGACGAGUAGCGGAAGUGGCUCGCCAAUCUGGCGAUCUCCCGUCAGUGAGCGGAGAAUAGCGACCCGAAUGGAAAAAUAUGAGGAGGAAGUGAGGAAGGCCGUUGCAGGACCCAUCUAUCCACCUACCAAUAUUGCCAGUAUUUCCAAAAGUUCAACCAUUGACUUUACUAAAAAUCCAAAGGCAGAUGAAUCCAUUAAUUCUCUCAAUUUAGUUAUUCGGAGUGAAACUGCUCCGCAAAUACCUCACAGCGGAAUCCGAGAGUUUAAAAACCCGGAAAAAGAUUCAUCAUCAGCAUCUUUGAGAGCUAUCAUGAUUCAAAAGGCUAAAGAGGAGUUUUUGUCUAGAGAUACGGGCAAAAAUCAAGAGACAAGAUCUUCCACUAUUUACAAUGUUAAUGAAAAUAAAAAAACAGGGAAUUUUAACGAAACGGCAAAACGCUCGAAAGUCGUUGCCCGGGCUGAACUCGUUAAGUCAGCAAGUGUUGGAAUGAUUAAUAUUGUCCCAGAUGCAUUUGAAAGACUUCAUGCAUCUGAUCCAUUUACUUCGAGUAGAAAAUGUGACUCUUUACCAAGAUCCUCCGAUCAACUUGCUCAACAGAUUGAAACAUGCCCUAAAGAGUCUCGUUUCCAUCAGUUAGCCAAUAAGUUCAGGCGAGCUAAAUUGAGACGAUCGAAAGAUAAAGAGUUAGUGAGUAUGAGUACAGUGUCAAUGCUCUGUAGACAAAGUUUAUUUGUUGAUAUUUCUAAUGUAGGUACAUCUAAAAGUUGCCCUACCACACCAUCCCCUCAAUACGAUCAUCACCUUGACACCGUGUGACAACUAAUACUGUACCAAUGACUAAAUAAUUCAUCACUAACAAUAUAAAUACUAUAUAAAUACGUAAUUUAAACAAACGUUUGUAUAUUUAUAGAAUUCAUUGAUGUGAGAAUAAAUGUAUGUUUUAACUCAA